GUUUCAUACUUUUCAUGUUCGAUUUUCAACCCUAGUUGUUUUUUUUUUUUCAGCACCCAAAAGCUAUUAUUUGUUUGUCGUGUUAAAUUUCCAUCCUUUGUUCUAAAUCCUUGCAAUUUUCUUCUAAUUCCAUAGAAAUUAGAGGAAAGAUGAAAUCUUUAAACCAAGAAUUGAUGUUUCUCAUUCUUCAAUAUCUUGACGAGGAGAAUUUUAAAGACACUGUGCACAAGUUAGAACAAGAAUCAGGAUUGUUCUUCAAUGUUAAAUAUUUUGAAAAGAAAGUUUUGGCUGGAGAAUGGGACGAUGUUGAGAAAUACCUAUUUGGAUUUACAAAAGUUGAUGACAAUCGAUACUCCAUCAUGACAUUCUUCGAGAUUAGGAAGCAAAAAUAUCUAGAAGCUCUAGAUAGACGAGACAGAGUGAGAGCUGUUGAAAUUCUAGUGAAUGAUUUGAAAGUUUUUCAAUCAUUCAAUGAAUAUUUGUUCAAAGAGAUCACCAAUCUUCUAACCCUCAAUAAUUUUAGGGAAAAUGCACAAUUAUCAAAGUAUGGUGACACUAAAUCAGCUCGAAAUAUAUUGGUAAUAGAGCUUAAAAGAUUGAUUGAAGCAAAUCCUAUCUUUCAAGAUAAACUCACAUUUCCUUCAAUUAAAACAUCUCGGUUAAGAACCUUGAUUAAUCAAAGUGUGAAUUGGCAGCAUCAGUUGUGCAAGAAUCCAAUGCCAAAUCCAAACAUUAGAACUUUAUUCAUUAACCAUUCUUGUUCACCUACAAAUGGAUCUCCUUCACUUGGAGCACAUGUUGGGCCAUUUACACCAUCCCAAUCUGCAUCUCAUGUUAAUACUUUAGUGGGAUGGACAUUGAAUGAGAUUCAGUCCACAUCUUCCCAAAUACCAGUAGGUGUUGCUUCCUCAUUGUCUGCUCCCACACAUCAAGCCUCCAAUGCUCUUGGAAUGUUGGAUUAUCUACACAAUGAUCAAGGACAACUAAUGACACAAAUGCGAACUACACAACGACAUGUAGAAGAGGCUACUUACAAUGCUACACCGCAGCAAACAUCUUCCAUUUUGGAUGAUCUUCCUAAAAUUGUUGUUUGUACAUUGCAACAAGGUUCAACAAUUACAACAAUGGAUUUUCAUCCUUCUCUUCAUUCAUUACUUGCUGUUGGUUGUGCAAAUGGUGACAUUUCACUUUGGGAAGCAGGGCAUCAACAAAGAAUUUUAUCAAAUCCUUUCAAAAUAUGGAAUAUUUCUAUUUGCUCUGUCUUAUUUCAGAUCGAUGCUCACGUUGGUGGUGUUAAUGACUUGGCUUUUUCUAAUUUGAACAAGCAGUUAUGUAUUAUAACUUGUGGAGAUGACAAGUUAAUAAAGGUAUGGGAUUUGAACGGAAAAAGGCUUUUCAACUUUGAAGGUCAUCAAGCACCUGUUUAUUCUAUCUGUCCUCAUCAAAAGGAAAAUAUUCAGUUUAUGUUUUCAACUUCUAUUGAUGGGAAAAUCAAGGCAUGGUUAUAUGAUAACAUCGGCUCUCGAUUGGACUACGAUGCUCCUGGACAGUGGUGCACCAGAAUGCUCUAUAGUACUGUCGAAAAUAGACUGUUCUCUUGUGGGACAAGUAAAGAUGGAGAUUGUUUCCUAGUUGAGUGGAAUGAAAGAGAAGGAUCACCAAAGAGAAGAUAUUUUGGGUUUGGAAAGAAAUGUAAUGGAAUUGUGCAAUUUGACACAACAAAGGGUCGUUAUUUGGCUGCUGGUGAAGAUAAUCAGAUUAAGUUUUGGGAUAUGGAUAAUGUCAAUGUCUUGUUUAGUACAGAUGCUGAGGGAGGUCUUCCUAAUCUCCCUCGUUUGAGAUUCAAUAAGGAAGGAAAUUUGCUUGCUGUUACAACAUCAGAUGGUGGUUUCAAAGUCCUUUCUAAUUCUGAGGGCAUUAAAUACUUUAGAUCUCAUCAAACACUUAAAGCUCCACUUGGAACAAAGAAUGGGACUGAUUCUAUUCCUAGAUGCAUAGAGAGGAAAGGAAGUUUUGAUUAUGCAUCGCACAAGUCUAAAGUUUGGGAAACAGCAGAAAUAAUUGACCCCAUUCAGUGUAGAACAAUUACUCUCACAGAUAGUGCAGAUCCCACUAACAAGGUUGUUCGCCUUAUUUACACAAAUUCUGGAGUUAGUCUCAUUGUUCUUGGCUCAAAAGGGAUUCAGAGGUUGUGGAAAUGGAGUCGUAAUGAAUUGAAUCCAAAUGGAAAGGCCACAGCAAGUGUUGUUCCACAACUUUGGGAACCAAAUAAUGGUAUUGUGAUGAUUAACGAUGUCCCAAACUCUUCUGAAGCAAUAUAUCCCUGCAUGGCACUCUCAAAGAAUGAUUCCUAUGUUAUGUCUGCAUGCGGAGGAAAAAUUUCAUUGUUCAACAUAAUGAGUUUUAAGGUUAUGACAACUUUUAUGCCACCUCCACCUAUUCCGACCUGUCUGGCAUUUCAUCCUAAAGAUAACAAUAUUGUUGCAAUUGGGAUGAAUGAUUCAACAGUUCACAUUUAUAAUGUCAGGGUGAAUGAGGUCAAAUCUAAAUUGAAAGGUCAUCAUCAUGAGUGUAUCACUGGUUUAGCUUUUUCAGCUCGACUCAAUAUAUUGGUUUCAUCUGGUGCUGAUGCUCAGCUUUCUUUUUGGAGCAUUGACUCGUGGCAUAAGAAGAAAUCAGUAUCAAUUCAAAUGCCUAAUGGAAAUACACUUGUUGGUGAUACUCAAGUGCAAUUCAACAAUGAUCAAGUACGCUUGUUGGUGUGCCAUGAGAGUCAACUUGCAAUAUAUGAUGCUUUUAGAAUGGAAUUGAUUCAAAGGUGGGUAGCACAAGAGUGGUUGAUCGGUUCCUUAUCAUGUGCAACAUAUUCAUGCAAUAGCCAACUAGUUUAUGCUGCUUUCCUUGAUGGAAAUAUUGGAAUAUUUGAAGGGAACACACUCAAGGUCAAAUGUCGUAUGGCUUCAUCAGCAUACCUACAUCAACCCACAAUAAUAAGGCAAAAUGUGUAUCCUAUAGUUGUUGCAGCUCAUCCUGAUGAGCCUAAUCAAUUUGCAAUUGGACUUUCUGAUGGCUCAAUUAAGGUUAUUGAGCCUAGGGACUGUGAUACCAAAUGGGGAAAUUAUUAAGACAUAUGUUCAUGAAUAUCAUGAAAAUAAUGUAACUUUGAGCACUUUCAA